CAAGAAGCAGAUUUACACUACUGCUCCCGUCUUAAAUACCCGGUUUUGUUUCGAUUGUAAGAACGUUUUUAUAGGAAUGGAAUUUUAGAUUUGUAUGUUAAAACCAAAUCUUAUAUUCUGUAAGCAGAACUGCAUCAGCGAAUUGUUUAUAAUGGGAUCUGCUGAACAAAGACGGGGAUGGGAAUACUGGUGGAUUGCUCUGCGUUUCUCUUUGCUGCUGUGCUACGGACUGCAGGUUUCAGCCCAAAUACGAUACACUAUUUCAGAGGAGGCAAAAGAGGGAUCUGUUGUAGGAAAUAUUGCUAAGGAUUUGGGUCUUGAUGUCAGCACGUUAGUGAACAGACGGUUUCGUAUUGUUUCGGGAUCUGAGGACACGCUUUUCCAGGUAAACCCAGACAAUGGCAUUUUAUAUGUCCAUAAACGAAUCGACAGAGAGGAGCAAUGUGACGGAAAUACUGUCUGUAUUGUGAACAUUAAGACAGUAGUUGAAGAUCCUUUGGAGGUCCAUUAUGUAGCCGUUGAUGUUACUGAUGUGAAUGAUCAUUCUCCUAAAUUUCCAGAGAAAAAACAAAUAGUCGAAAUUGCCGAAAGCACACAGCCAGGAGCGCGCUUCCAGCUACAAGCUGCGCGUGAUCCUGACAUUGGUGUGAAUGCUGUGCGAUCGUAUAAACUGAGCCAAAAUGAACAUUUUGAUUUGGAGAUCAGGGACAGGGGCGACGAAAAAAAUCCAGUUCUGCUCCUAAGGAGGCCACUGGAUAGGGAAAGUCAGGCUGAACAUAAAUUAAUAUUAACCGCGAUCGACGGUGGGAAUCCGCAUAGGUCGGGAAUAUUAAAUAUAACUGUCACGGUCCUGGAUAACAAUGACAAUCGCCCUGUAUUUAGUCAAGAUGUUUACACUGUUAAUUUACAAGAAAACGUGCAGCCUGAUACUGUUGUGAUUAAAGUUAAUGCAACGGACAUUGAUGAGGGCUUGAAUGGUGAAGUGCGAUAUACGCUUGAUGGGAAUAUAAACAGUAAAAUUAAUGAUAUUUUUCUGUUGGACAGCGUCUCGGGGGAAAUUCGAGUUAAGAAUAAAAUUGACUUUGAGGACGUUGAGAUUUACAGAUUCGAUAUCUUCGCCUCCGAUAAAGGGACCCCACCAAUGACAAUCGACUCUAGAGUUAUAGUUAAAAUAUUAGACAUGAACGAUAACGCCCCUGAAAUCGAGGUUACAUCACUCUCUAAUGUUAUUCCUGAAGAUUCAAAACCCGGAACCGUAAUUUCCCUCAUUAGUGUGUCAGACAAAGAUUCUGGUGCAAAUGGCAAAGUUGUAUGCACUUUAUCUGCUAAUGUCCCAUUUGAAAUUAAGCCGUCUGUUCAAGACAACAUGUAUUCUUUAGUGUCCAAAACGCACUUGGACAGAGAAGCGACGUCUCAGUAUGAGAUCACAAUAAUUGCGACAGACCUUGGUCAGCCCCCUCUAACCUCGUUUAAGACACUAACAGUACAAAUUUCGGAUGUUAAUGACAAUAAACCGGAUUUUAUUGUAAAUCCUCUCGAACUUUAUUUACCGGAAAACAACGUUCCAGGUGCCUUUAUUUACUCCGUAACCGCAUUUGAUAAAGACAUUAAUGAUAAUGCUUUAAUUUCAUAUCAUUUAAUUAGAGGCGACGGGACACAGAAUGAUAUGGCUUCGUUCUUAAACAUAAAUUCAGAAACAGGCGUAAUCAAUGCGUUAAAAAGUUUUGACUUUGAAACUUCAAAAACAUUCCAGUUUCAAGUCCUCGCUACAGACUCUGGAUCUCCAUCUCUGAGCAGUAAUGUGACCGUGAACGUGUUUAUUCUGGAUCAGAAUGACAACGUUCCAGUGAUCUUAUAUCCCGUGAGCGCAAACGGUUCUGCCGAGGGUGUGGAGGAGAUUCCCCGCAAUGUGAACGCAGGUCAUUUGGUGACUAAAGUCAGAGCCUACGACGCAGAUAUAGGAUACAACGGCUGGUUAUUAUUUUCACUACAGGAAGUUAGUGAUCACAGUCUGUUUGGUUUGGACCGCUAUACAGGACAGAUAAGAACCCUUCGCUCGUUCACAGAAACAGAUGAGGCCCAGCAUAAACUGGUCAUCCUUGUGAAAGACAAUGGGAACGUUUCUCUGUCAGCAACAGCGACUGUGAUUGUGAAAGUUGUGGAGCCUAAAGAGGCUUUUGCAGCUUCUGAUGUUACAAACGCAGUGAAAGACGAGGAGGACAACAACGUGACGUUUUAUUUGAUCAUCACAUUGGGCUCUGUGUCAGUGCUUUUUAUCAUCAGUAUCAUCGUGUUGAUUGCAAUGCAGUGCUCGAAAUCUUCAGACUAUUCGUCUAAGUAUUUACAAGAUGCGAAUUACGACGGCACUCUGUGUCACAGCAUUCAGUACAGAUCUGGAGACAAACGGUACAUGCUAGUUGGACCCAGAAUGAGUGUCGGUUCUACUUUAGCACCUGGCAGUAAUAGGAAUACUCUAGUGAUACCAGAUCGCAGGAGGAGGGAUUCUGGUGAGGUAAGAUCUAAUAUAAAUGUCCUUAUUUUAAAACAUUAA